AUGCUGAGAUUGCCGUCAGAGUUCGUAACGGGGAGACCAAUGCAGACAGUUGGUGAUGUUGGGACGAAGUCGGAUCCCAAAGCCAGCUCCCUUAAGGCUCCCUUCUAUGGACCUGUUUCGACCGAAAGGGGCCCCGGCCUGGGCCCCCAAGCGCCCCUGGCCCCUGCUCUGGUCUCGCCUUCAGGCAUCGUGCCCGUGAUCAAGCUUGUGCGGUCUUUGAUGGUGAAGAGCAAGGUGCCCUUCCCUCUGGAGCUGGGCUGCAAAGGUCCACAAUGCCUCCCGUCGUUCCUGGAGCGGAUGAAGAAUGAUGAGCUCAUCGACAUCGGCAAGAGCAUCAAGAUUAGUGAUAUCGCCAAGGUCCUCCGCGAGGCUCCGGAGGCCGCGACCGCGCUGCUGCGCUACGUUCGGGGCCCGCAAGAGUUUCGCAUGGACGUUUACCUCACGGAGUACCAGUACGAGAACAACUGGAGCUUCGAUCCGGCGGCUUGGAGACCUCCAGGCUGGCACGAGCCUUGGGUGGACCGCAGCCCAGGCAAGCCGAUCAUUGAUGCGGAGAUCCGAGUAUGCCUUAUUGCAGACCUGAUCUGCCCAGAAGUGUUCGCUGCCCUGGUCGACCCCAAGAAUGCAGAUUUCCUGCAGCUUUAUGAGGAUGACACCAUCCACGCGAUGGUGAAGCACCUCUUCUGGAAGGCAGCGGCCAAGAUCGACCUCACGUCGGUUCUCUUAAGCUUUUGGAGCUUGGCGCUGCUUCUCGCAGAGGAGGGAAUCAUCCGCACCAACACUGGGUCCGACCUCGAUGCUGAGACCGAACGCCGGCUCAUCAGAGGAACCGGCGCAGGCACCUUCGGGGGCAGCCAUAGCAAUCUCAGCCAAAUGCAGCGCUACACAGACGAGAUUUCGGAGGCCUCAUGGGUCGCCUACACCUGGAUCGCGUGCAAGGCUCUGGUGGACCUUCUCCUUGAGUUCGCAGAGUUCUACGGCUUUUGGAAGAUCGGUCGCUGGAGGGAUUGGUUCACCGUCGCGAACAUCGUGCGUGCCUUCGCGGCCGGCCUUCCGUCCGUACUGCUCAUCGCACCAACAUGCGAACCAGUGCUUAUCUGCGCCGUGUUCCUCUACUGGAUGCGCCUCCUCGGCUGCUUCACCCUCAUGCAGUACAUCGGCGUGGAGCUGCUGCCCAUCAUGGACCUCGCAAGCGGGCUCGGGCCGUCGCUCUUCGUCACGGCGAUUGCCUACGGAGCCUUCACCCACGCCUUUUACGUUGUGCGAGGAUCUGCGCAGGCACUGUGGCCCUCUGUAUCCACGGACACCUUCGCAGUGCUGAUCACUGCCGCUCUGCCGGAGACGGCAGAAGGAGUCAGUGCGCUGGAGCUGGUCCUGGUCCUGGUAGCAGUGCUGUUCUUCACAGUACUGAUAAUGAACGUCUUCAUCGGCGUCAUUUGUGAUCUCUACAAUCGGGCGAAGGAGCAGGCAGAGCUGCAGUUCCAAAAGCGGCGAGCAGAGAGUUGCCUGCUCUACUUGCUACGGAUGCAGCUUAUCCCUAGUGGACUCGUCUCGGAAAACGUGGCGCUGUUCAUCAUCAUGCUGUCAGGAGGCAUCGGCCUGAGCUUUCAGGUCUACUUUUUCGAUCAUCAUGAUUUCAACCCCUGGGUCGUGCUGCCCUUCUUCCUAUGUCAGCUCAGCAUAGCGAUCUGCUCCAUGCAAUCGCCGGGGGAUCUCUGGGUCAACAGCAAAGUUGGCGGCAGCGACGUGAACGGCUAUCUUUGGUUCUGCAAAGCCAAGGUCGCCGAGGAGGGCAACACGCAGUUGGAGAAUGUGCAUGAGCAAUUGGAGGAAAUGACACUCGGCCUAGUGACACGGGAGCGCGGCAACCCGAAGUGCAUUGCGACGACUAUUAUUGCCGCGAAGCUCCGACGUUUGAAGUAUGGCUGCCUUUCCGUGGGCACUGAAGCCGUCAAGGUUGAGCUCAUGGAUUUCAAGCAGAAGAUGCAAGGGCUCGAAAUGCCCAAAGCCUCGACCCGAGCGGCCCUAGCCCUCUACCGCUUUGUGCCGGUGCUUCUCGCUGGAUCCGUGGUGAUUGACAGCCGCCCUUACCUGGAGAUCCUAGUUAAUCUCCAGGACUUUACGAUGCAGAUCUUCGGUGUGAGAUCUUGGGGCUCCCGGGCCCCUGCAGGAGCGCCCAGCGAAGAAUCCAGAGGCCCGCGAGCCUGCGCCGAACCAGGACGAGGCGAAACACGGCACCGGCCCGGAAGCCCGGGACUUUGUCCCUGGAGGAGCUCUUGCAGAGAAGCCGCGCUAAGCCACUCGCCGGGCGCCUGUCCAGGCUCGACCUUCCCGCGGUCUCCGAGGACAAAGAGAACAUCCCCCGAUCUUUGCGACCCAAGGAGCACAACGGAGCUGCGCUGA